AUGGAGAAGAACUCCGAAAAGUCCACUAUACCAAGCGAUGCCGAAGCCGGCGCCGGUGCUACCAAGAGCGCUGAUGAGCUUGCUCACGAUGCUCAAACUGCCCAUCCACGAGGUGACUUGGCAGCUUGGAAAUGGGCCCUUACAUGUAUAGUCCUAUACCUUGGGGCUCUUCUUUACGGUCUGGACACCACCAUCGCCGCCGACGUGCAAGCGCAAGCCUACGAAUCACUAGGCCACAUUGAGAACCUACCAUGGAUCGGCCUCGCGUUCCCCAUGGCUUCGGCAGCCAUGAUCCUCCCGCUCGGUCGGGCGUACGGGCUAUUUGAUGUCAAGGCGCUCGUCAUUGCCAGCGUCUGCCUCUUUGAGAUUGGUAGUGCCAUUUGCGGCGCGGCGCCCACGUCCAACGCCCUGAUUAUCGGCCGCGCCGUUGCGGGCAUAGGAGGCGCUGGCAUGUAUCUGGGAGCACUUACCUACAUGACUUCGUUUUCUACCCCCAAGGAAGCGCCGAUAUACAACGCCCUCACUGGCCUGAGCUGCGGCGUGGGAUGUAUUCUUGGACCAGUUAUCGGCGGCGCAUUUUCCGUCAGCAGUGCAACCUGGCGCUGGGCAUUCUACAUCAAUCUUCCACUUGCUGGCUUCAUCCUACCCGUUUACAUCUUCUUCGUCCCAGGCAGGAAUCCUCGCCCAGACCUCAAAGUCUUGCCCAAGUUGAAGGAGAUUGAUUGGAUUGGAACAUCUCUAUUUGCAGCCACUGUUGUUCUAUUCAUGAUUGUUCUCACAUUUGGUGGAUCAACCUUUGCUUGGAAGUCUGGCGGAUCCAUCGCCCUUUGGGUAGUUUUUGGCGUCUGCUUGAUUACCUUUAUCUUACAACAGGGCCUCAAGAUCUUCACAUCCGAGGAGCACCGAAUAUUUCCUGUGCAUUUCCUCAGAUCACGAACCCUGGUCCUCUUGUAUGUUGCAACCGGCACUGCUGGUGCUGCUCAAGGCGUUGUGCUCUACUAUACCCCACUCUUCUUCCAGUUCACAAAAGGUGAUACAGCUAUACAGGCAGCGAUACGUCUCCUCCCCUUCAUCUGCCUGUUCAUAUUCUUCGUACUAGUCGCUGGUGGCUCGCUUCCUCUCGUCGGUCGGUACAAUCUCUACUAUUUUGUCGGUGGCUGCUUCGUCCUAAUUGGAGGCGCUCUGCUUUGCACCAUUGAUGAAACUACAUCCGCUGCCAAGAUCUACGGGUAUGAAGCCAUUGCCGCGAGCGGACUUGGCUUGCUCUUCCAGAUUGGCUAUGCUGUCGCUGUCACCAAGGUCGACCCCAAGGAUGUGCCACGGGCGAUUUGCUUCAUCAACCUUUCCCAGAUAGGCACCGUUGCGGUUGGUCUCGCGAUUGCAGGAACACUGUUUCAAAACGUUGGAGUACAUGAGCUUGAGAAUGCCUUCGCCGGUCGAGGCUUCCCAGAGGAUUUCAUUCGGUCGGCUUUGGCAGGCAGCAUAUCUCCCGUUUUCUCCUCCCACGAUGAAGAAACGAUUGGCCUUGCCGUCACAGCCGUGGCAACGACAAUUCGCAAAAUCUUCAGCAUGGUUGCCGCAGCCGGAGCGCUGGGGGUCGUCAGCUCGGUCUUAAUGCGAUUCGAAAAGUUGGACUUGGGCUUCGUCGCUGGUGGUUAG